AUGGGCGUCACCUCGUUGAUCACUUCUCAGCUGCUGCUGCUGCUGCUGCUGGCCCUUCCCGGGCUCUGCGUGACAUCCAGCAUGGAGGAUGCCUUGACCGUACACACCGACACCGGCAGUUACACCGGCCUCUACAACCCCGAAUACCCUUCCGUGCGCGAGUUCCGGUCAAUUGCCUACGCACAGCCCCCGGUGGGCGCCCUCCGCUGGCAGCCCCCCGUUGCGCUGCCCGCCUCGCACGCCCACCACAACGCAACGCAAUUCCCCCCCGCCUGCUCGCAGUAUGUCUACCGGGGUCCCGCCUUCUUCGGGGUCCUCGCCCCCGACUACCUCAUCUGGAACGGCCCCGAUCAAAACUCCACCGCCGGGGCCGUCGCACACAACAGCGCGGAGGACUGCCUGCACCUGGCCAUCUGGACGCCCGCCAACGCGACGCGGACCUCCCGCCUGCCCGUUCUCGUCUUCUACAGCGGCGGCCAGUUCCGCACCGGGGGGAUCCCCGUGCCCUACCAACUGCCCCCGGCCUGGGUGAACCGCACGCAAGGCCACAUCGUCGUGACGACCAACUACCGGUUGAACAUCAUGGGCUUCCCCAACGCGGCCGGCCUCGCCGACCAGGACCAAAACCUGGGGAUCCUCGACCAGCGCGCCGCCCUGGAGUGGGUGCACCGCAACAUCGCGGCGUUCGGCGGCGACCCCAGCGCCAUCACGCUCUGGGGCCAGUCCGCCGGCGCCAUGAGCGUCGACUACCACACCUACGCCUUCUGGGACAACCUGCUCGCCCGCGCCACCAUCUCGCAGUCCGGGACGGCGUUGAAGACCACCCCCGCGACGGACCCAUCCCACUCGAACUUCACCUUUGUCGCGAAGCAUCUGGGCUGCGAUUUCGGGGAGGAUGGCGCCAAGGAGCUGGACUGCAUGCGGCGCGUCCCGGUCGAGCGGAUCCAGGAGUUCGUGGGCCAGUACGGGGAUGCGAAGACCGAGCCGACGAUGACCUUCGCCCCCGUCGCGGACGAGAAGGUGAUCUUUGCGGAUUACGCGGCGCGGGCGGCCCAGGGGUACCUGGCCAAUACCUCCGCCAUCUUCUCCAAUUGCGCGAAUGAGGCCGCCCCGCUGUAUCCGUUCCCCUCCACCAACGUGUCGGCGGGGCCGUGGCAGGCGGGCGUGGACACGGUGACCCUGCGCGAUUGGUUGUGUCCGACGGCGAAGGCGAGCGUGGUGCGCCAUCAGGCUGGGUUGAAGACGUGGCGGGCUCAGUGGGCGGGCAAUUUCUCCGAUGUGAGUCCGUUGAAGUGGAUGGGGGCGUAUCAUUCGAGUGACUUGACCAUGCAUUUUGGGACGUUUGGGAUCGUGGGGGGGAAAGGGACGGAGGUGGAGGUGGAGACGAGCCAGGUGAUGCAGGAUUAUUUGUUCGAGUUUAUCAAAGAUCCAGAGCAUGGGUUGGAGAGGAAGGGGUGGAUGGCGUUCAAUCCGGAGGCGGAGGGUGGGGGGAUCAUGAAGCGAUUUGGCGCGCAGGGGGUGGUGGAGCAGGAUGUCACCGGGGAUGAGGUGCAGGGCGCUUGUUGGGGGGAGGGAGUGUAUGAUCCUUUCCCUUGA